GAGCCCCAAGCGAGCCAGACGCGGACAGCCAUGGCCUCCAGUCCCGACCCGGCCUCCAGUCCCGAUCCGGACCCGCCAUCCCCGCUCCUCGUCCGACUGCAGGAGUCCAUCCCCAAGGCGUCCUGGAAGCUAGAGAAAUACUUCCAGAGCCGGGCCUUCUCGGGAGGCGGGGAGUGCUCUGUCCAGCCCGUGGGCCCCGGGGCCCCGGACACCUUCGAGGUGAAGUUCCUAAAAAAAGCAGAUAAGGAGGCGGUGUUGAAACGGAAAGAACACAAGAUGGUGGUUGAUGGCAAACCUGUGACCAUUGCCCUGGAAACUAUUAAAAAGCCAGUAGAGGACCUGAGACCCAGACUUCCAUCCUCGACACAGUCAGCAGAGACACCAGUAGAGGACCUCAGACCCAGUCUUCCGUCCUUGAUACAGUCAGCAGAGACACCAGUAGAAGACCUGAGACCCAGUCUUCCGUCCUUGACACAGUCAGCUGAGACACCACGUUCCCGACCUCCAUCCUUGACACAGUCAGCUGAGACACCACGUUCCGGAUCUCUGUCCUUGACACAGUCAGCUGAGACACCACGUACAGGACCUCCGUCCUUGACAGAGUCUCUGGAUGAAGCACUGUGUGUUGAGAUUCAUGCCGGUGAUGGGCUUGUUCUUAACUCUGUUGAUUCAGUUGUCCAAAAGGUCUUUCUUGCUGUGACCGCUGAGCUGAACUGUGACCUGCUCUCUAGGGAGCAGAGAUCCUAUAUAACCACAGUCUGCCCUCAUGUCAAAAGCAUGGAGGGUAGAGAUGGAAUUAAGAAGGUGUGUGGCACCUUCAGAGACAUUGAAAAGAUACAUCACUUCUUGAGCGCGCAGCUUUUAGAAAGUGAGCAGGAGCGGAAAUACGCCCCACAGAAAUACACGCCUUCCGAUGUGGAGAGGGAGGCACCGGAUCAGAGAAGCUUUGAAGUGUCUGUGCUUUUCCUUGACUAUUUCAAGCAUGUUUAUCCCGGUAGACUAGAGUCCAUAGAGAAAAAAUUUGGUGUAAACAUUGAAAUCCAAGAGAUUGCUCCCAAUAUGGUCUCUGUAGGCUUCCCCUCCAGCCCUUCAGGCAACUUAGAAGAAGCAUACCAGUCUUUCAUCAGAGACAUUCAGAAGUUCACACAGUCCCUGAAGCAAGAUUAUAUCUCUUUAGGGGAGCACCAGAAAGCAAAGGAGGUCAGGCGGGAGCUGAAUCGCUGCUUCCCAAAGCUCUUGAUAAAGGGACAGGGAAGAAUACUAACUCUCCUGGGCUCUUCUGCUGACAUCUUAGCCGCCAAAGAAAAAGUCUCCCAAACUCUUGUCCUGACACCUGUGAAAAUAAUGGCAUCUGGGUACCCACUGGGGAUCGAGGUCGAUUCAGUUCACUUUAAGCUUCUAGAACCAGAAAUGCUCCAGGAAAUCUCAGAGAUCGAGCAAAAGUUUAACACUUGUGGCAAAGUCCAGGAAAAAGGCCAGAAAACCUGCAUUUUCUUUGUCCCCAAGGAUAAAGAGUUAGACCUGUCCGUGCAGUCUUACACAAGUUUCACUGAUGCCUUCCAGCACGCCACAGGCCAGCUGAGGACAGAAGUUCUGUCGCUGAAACAGUUGGGCAAGGAGAGAGCUGGCUUACACAAGACCAAGUUUGCCGACGACUUUAAAAAAAAGCACCCAAACGUGCACUUUGUGGUAACCCAAGAGUCAGUGACCUUGUCGGGUUUGCCGAAUCACCUUGCUCAGGCAAUGCAGUAUGUCACCAAAAGAAUGGGACUGUCCCCGUCGUCUGGAGAGAAAUUGACUUUGGAUCAGGAAACACCCAUGGAAAUCAACAAGAAUGACUCGAAUGCAGCCUCACCUCCUCCCGGAGACUCUGCUAGCCCUGCAGCCUCAAAGGGGACCGAGGACAAGGACAACUGUGCCAUCUGCAUGGAUACUAUCAGCAACAACUAUGUCCUCCCUAAGUGCAAGCAUGAAUUCUGCACCCCUUGUAUCAGCAAAGCCAUGUCAAUCAAGCCUGUCUGUCCUGUGUGUCAGACUUCCUACGGUGUCCAGAAGGGGAACCAGCCAAAGGGAACCAUGACUCACACCACUGAAAGAGACUCACUUCCAGGUUAUGAAGGCUGUGGUACUAUUGUGAUUCAUUACGAUAUGGAAAGUGGCAUCCAAACUAAUGAGCACCCAAAUCCAGGAAAGACUUAUCCUGGAACACAUCGAACUGCAUACUUGCCUGAUAAUACCGAGGGAAGAAGGGUUUUGGAUCUGCUCCGAGAAGCCUUUAACCACAGGCUGACUUUCACAAUAGGAUACUCUCGCGUAACAGGAGUCUCAGAUGUCAUUACAUGGAAUGAUAUUCAUCACAAAACAGCCAGGUUUGGAGGACCGUCCAAUUUUGGCUACCCUGAUCCUCAUUACCUGAAACGUGUCAAGGAGGAGCUGAAAGCAAAAGGGAUCGAGUAAGGAAACUGCAGGGAAGAUGUCUAUCUACUCUCAAAAGAAGUGUGUUAGGAGUAUAGGACAGACCAAAAUCGUUUUCUAGAAAAACUUUAUCACAUUUUUCACGUUAAGUAGCCUGCUUGCCAGUCAUUUCUAGAGUGCCACUCUUUCGUGGAAGGCAAAUUAUACAGGCACAGGCUGGAGGAAAUGGCUCUAUCUACAAAGCAUGAAGAAAUGAGCUCAGAUCUGCAGCCAUCCAUGGAAAAGCCUGGUGUGUUGGUAUGCACUUGUAAUCUUAGCACUGGUGAGUGGAGACAGGAGGAUUCCUGGAUCUUACUGGCCAGCUAGCCUAAUCAAAACCAUGAGCUCCAGGUUCACUGAGAGACCUUGUCUCAAGAAAUAAGGUGGAUUGGAGCAUAGUGAUGCAUGCCUUUAAUGCCAGAACUUGGAAGGCAGAAGCAGGCAAUCCCUGAGUUCCAGACCUAGCCUGGUCUACAGAGCCCAAGUACCAGGACAGCCAGCAUACAUAGUGAGACCCUGUCUCAAAACAAAUAGCAGGUGGACAGAAAUAAAGAUACCUAAUAUCAUCCUCUGUCCUGCAAACACACCUCCACACACAUGUGCACAAACUCUCUCUCUCUCUCUCUCACACACACACACACACAAGGUGGGUUAGAAAAGAAAACUAUAAUUUUAUAGGAUUUUAAUUUUUGCUGAAGAAAUCUGAUGUCAUUCCUGUGUUAUGGUUGGGGUGUUAGGUGAGUCUGUAAUCAUAUUCUAUGUCCUUUUACUUGAGUCAUUGUCAACUAAAGGAACCUUCUCUGGAUUUUGUUUGUUUUGUUUAUUUGACACAGGGUUUCACUGCAUAGCUUUGGAACAAGGUUGGUCUUGAACUUAGAGCUGCCUGUAUCAGCCUCCUGAGUGCUGGCAUUGCCUGUUUUUUUUGUUAGUUUGUUUGUUUGUUUGUUUGGGGUUUUUUGUUUGUUGCUUUUUUUGAUUUUUGUUGGUUUGGUUUGGUUUGGUUUAGUUUGGUUUGAUUUGGUUUUGGUGUUGGGACUGAGACCCCAGGCCAAUGAGUUCCAUCCCAUAAUUCUUUUUCAAGUCCAUUUCUGUAGCAAUACAUUAGUUAUUUACUUUUUAAUCUCUGCCUGAACCCUUUUGUAAAUGGGAAAGUUAAACCCUUGUAAAAAUGGGAAGUUUAAAACCAGGUUUGGCUGGCAAAGACCCACAUUUUCUUCCUUACCCAUAGCAAGAAAAGAUUCCCGGAGAUCAGGUAACUUUUGGUAAGAAACAGAACAAGAAGACUCAUGUUUUUCUGGAUACAGAGCCUAGGACAUAGUGUGUGAUUACUACCUGACUCAAGUUGCUAGUGGCUCAGCAGAGGGAUGAAUAUAUAAAAAGAUAUGUUCAUCAAAUCUUCGGAAGAGAGAUGACUCUAGACCUUGGCAUUCAUUUGGAAAAUAGUUUCUUACCCCAGCAUGUGCUGAUUAGACUCUGACUAAGCCUUGAAUUUGGGCUCUACUCUCCCCUGAUCCAUGGAACCUGUCCUGGAGGGCACAGUUGCCCUGCCACAGAAUGGCAACACAUUCUUUACAUUUUUCCCUACACGCUAUGUUGUACUUUUUUAGAUAUAUACUGUUUCAAGAUUUAACGGGUAAACAGCCUUGCCUUAGUUUAAUAUUUUGCAAUAAUUGUUACCUGCACCGGGCGAUGGUGGCGCACGCCUGUAAUCCCAGCACUCUGGGAGGCAGAGGCAGGCGGAUUUCUGAGGCCAGCCUGGUCUACAGAGUGAGUUCCAGGACAGCCAGGGAUAUACAGAGAAACCCUGUCUCGAAAAACCAAAUCCAAAAAAACAAAAAAAAAAUUGUUACCUGAAAUGUAGUAGCUUUUUGUUUUUUAAUCCUUGGAGUAAAUCUCACCAAUCUAUUAUAUCUCUCUUAUAUAGCCUUUCUAAGCCUUUCCCUGCUGAACAGGAGUAAAGGAGAAAGUUAAACCUACUGUGGAGUCUGUAUGGCAUGCCACAGUUCACUGUAAGUGGUUCUCCAAGUCAGAAGAAAAUCACAGCAGACAGUGAUCUGCAUUCCAGCCACUCUCCAAAAUGGUAGACGACACCUUGACCUUCUCCUUAAGACACACGUGCAUGUACAUAAAACCAUUUUGGCCAGAUAUUAGUAACAAGUAUUUAUCAAGUACUUCCUUUGUAAGUACUUUACAUUGAUAUGAUCAAUACAGUUAGUAGCCCCAUUCUCUGCUCAGAAAAGUCAUACACAGAGCAUAACAGUCAACCACCGAAGGCCAAUACAUAGACAUGCUAACUUCUGCUUUCAUCUCCAUUUUGGUUUUUUUGUUUUGUUUUGUUUUUGGAGACAGGGGUCUCAUUGUAAUCCAGACUGGCCUCUCCCUACAUUCUUGAACUUUGACCCUUGCAUGUAUCCUAGGCAGAUCUUCCAGGAGCUGCUUUCACAGCCCUCUGAGUGCAAGGCAUGCACCACCAUGCCUGACUUCUGCUUCCAGUUUAGACCUUUUCCUUUUGAUGAUUCACCAGGUGUUUGUCAUUAAGACUAACUGAUCAUUUUCUGUUCUCUAAUCUUGUUCUGCUUUCUAAUCUUGUAAUUAAAUUUACCCUAAAGAAGCAAAAGAUAUGGUUUCUGUUAAGUUCUGGAUCUUUUAUUUCAUACAGUAUGCAUAUGCAAAUCCCAUGAGGUGUGAGUGCUUAAUGGUAUUUGGAUUUCUUUCUUUUGCAAGGUGUUAUUAUCUGCAUUAAAUAAAGUUAGGUCUUUACGUACAA